CGCUUUGUCUGUCCAUCUUGCGAUAUCUCUCUCGCCCUGAAUGUGCUUACUUUUCGGAAUUGGGACCUGCACUGCUCUCUAACAGCAGCGGUUCUCCACCACCUCUCAAUUGCUCCUGUCUUUCAUACACAGCGGGAGAGUGAAAAGAGAAAUAGAUCGCUCUCGCACUUAACCCAGCCCUCCCCCCGUCUUCUACUUUGCAAAUUUACCAGGCGAGCGAUCCGCCCAGAUUAUGGCUUACUCGCCUGCUCCUCCAUCUCCACUUCAUAGCAGCGGUGCCCCAAACAUGUCUAACAAUAUACACUCCCGUGGACGCUCGACAAGUCCUCCGACCAGCGUGCCGCUCUCAAAACGGGACAAGCGACGCAGUGCGCUUCAGGAGCGUCUCCACGAUCUAACAGCCUCCUUCAGCCAGAACCGAGACACUCAGUUUCGGCAACAAUUGCAUGCCCUUCAAUGCGACAUGACCCUCAUCAACAAUGCGGAUCCGUACGAGCCGGGCCCGCUUCCCGACUCCGCAGACGAGAUUGCACAGCUGAUUGAGAAUACUGUCGGCGGAGGGAAAUUUGCCAAGGAGAUGGCUAGUCUGGCGGGAAUGUGGUAUUCGCGAUUCGUGCAGGAAGUAAACCAGGCCAAGGCCGAAAAGGAUGCAGAUUUAGCGAUGUUGGCAGGUCGUCAUACCAACAAUUUAGAAAGAUUUCGACGGGAAUAUGCGUUCCGCGUCCACUUCGCCGAAGAAGAAUACAAACACCUUGCAAAUACCCUCCGCGAGCGUCUCGUCCAGACCAUUACCGGCAAACGGGCCCGUCUGAUGCGGGAGAAAGAGCAGUUGGAUCUGGCUGACACCAACGCUCUGCUCCUGCAUCCGAACCAGUUCAGCAUCACCAAUCCUGCCAGCCCAGGCGGUGUCCACGGCAAUCGCAAGACGCGGCAUACUCGCCAUCGUGUUGAUCUUGAGCUCGGCGACGGAGCCAUGGCAGAAACUUUCAACAGGCGAAAGAGAAAGGCACCUGAGGAAGAAGUCGGCUCUCCGGUUCGCGACUCGGGCUUAUCAUCACAUCCGGCCGAGCGCGCAAAAGCUCAACUGGUGCAGCAACAGCAAGCGCCCGCAUACGCGAUCCAGAACCUCUUUACGGAAAAAGAGCUCAGUGCGCACGCGAACCACGCACAUGUAGCUACCGUACACUUUUUCUCAACCUCCAAACGUGCGGAUCAGCCCUCGGGUGCCGCCACCAACGGCAACAACACUGACGCGGAUGAGGGUUCCGGCGUCGACGGCACAGGCGCGGAAGACAACGGUACCCCGGCCACCGAUAUGGCUCGGACGGCCAGCCAAAACUUCCACGCCACGCGCUCGACCCGGGGGCACGGCAACCACGCGCUGAACGCCCUGGCUGAGCUCUCUGAUAAGCCGGCUGUGCGACCCAAUCUCCCCUACAACAUUCUGGCCAACUACCACGCGCGACCAAGCAACAACGGCGCUCCCCCGCUACCGCCGCUCAUGAACGAGGAAGUUGACGACGACUGGGCUCGCAUGGACCGGCUGCAUAAUAAGCCGGUCGGCUUCGUCGACAGAGGCCUGGCGCAGCUCCUUGUCGAGCCUAGUCCUGCUGAGGUGAAUGGCGUCCCUCAAAACCCCAACCGGUUCAACAUGUUGCAUCCGGACUUCCCGACGGACAUGGGGAUGCAUCUGUACCCUCUCUCCAAGGACACGGGAGAUGGGGUCUAUAGUAAUGAACGGGCCAAGAAGAGUAGAACUUAGCCCUUCUUUUGGUGUCUCAUGUUUUGACCUGACUUGAUUAUUCAAUCCCCACGAACCCAACCGCACAUAUGUCCACCACCGAACUAUACCUUUUGGCCGGUCAAUAUUGAUCGAAUCAACAUAUGCAUUGUUACCACCGCAUUGCACGAGUACCAAAGACUAUUUGGGAAUCACGACUUUUACCAUUACUUGCUACACCGGAUUCAUUGGCUUACUUUACACCUACUACUUCUGCCUACUACCACUUACACGCACGGAAAUACAACUAGCGGGAGUGAACACGAUUGCUUUCUUCCCAUCUUACUUCUGAUCUUAUUGGUUCUUUGUUUGAAGGCGUUUGGGACGACGAGAGGAGCACUUGGAUUCUUUUUUUUUAUUCUUUUUUUUUUUUUUUCUGUUUUGUUU